CCGAGAUCACCGUAAAGAUAGGGUAACUGCUCGCCCAACAUGCUAAGAAAUAAAGCUUUCAUAAGAAAAACCAAGCGAGGGACAAUCGUGAAAGUGGUGAAAGAGCACUAUUUGCGAGACGAUAUAUAUUGUGGUGUAGCUGGUUGUAAACUAUGCGUGGAGCAGAAUGUCGUUUUGACGUCUCCUCGGACUUCCAAGACAGUCAACACACCACACUUUCUGGUGCCAGACACCAAUGUGCUCUACCACCAGAUCGAUGUAAUAGAGCACAAGGCAUUUACAGAUGUAGUAGUUUUACAGACAGUGUUAGAAGAGUUACGACAUAGAAGUUUCCCAGUUUACAAUCGCGUACGAUCACUGAUAUCGGAUCCCGCUCGUCGUUUCUACGUUUUUUCGAACGAGCACAACAGAGAGACGUACAUUGAAAAACAGAAAGAUGAGACCCCAAACGAUCGUAAUGAUCGAGCGAUACGAGCUGCUACACGUUGGUAUAAUGAGCAUGUUGGGGGAAGGUGGACUUUCGUUCUUGUCACCGACGAUGCGGACAACCGAAAGAAAGCACAAGCAGAAGGGUUGACGACAUUUUCGGUUCGACAGUAUGUCGCAUCAAUGACGGAUCACCCAGAGCUUGUUGACAUGGUAGCGGCCGUGGACGAAGAGCAUGUUGAUGAGGAGGAUAAGUUCAGCUACCCUGAGCACCUGUCAGUGAGUCAAAUGUCAGCUGGUCUGAGAUCAGGCGCCUUCCUUCAAGGAAAAUUAAGCAUCAGUUCAAAUAACUUCUUAGAGGGGAGCAUUUUUGCUGAAGUUGAUAAGGAAGAGAAAACGGUGAUGAUUGUUGGACGCGAACAUCUGAACCGCGGUAUACAUGGGGACGUGGUGGCGGUGCAACUUCUCCCACGGUCGGAAUGGAGGGCUCCUGUGGGCGUCAUAUUAGAAGAGGAGGAAGUCGAAAAUGGUGAUGAUGAACCAGUAAACGCUGAAGAUUCAAUGGCGAGAGCAGAAGAUCGAAUGAAUGUCGAUGAGGCUGCCAAAGAGACGGUACCCACAGGGAAGAUUGUCGGCAUCAUCAAGCGCAACUGGAGACCGUACUGUGGAACCAUUGAUAAGUCCUCGGUUCGGUCAAGCAGUGGUCUAUCGACACAGCAAAUGGUCUUCUUCUGGGCUAUGGAUAAGAAAAUCCCAAAGAUUCGCAUUAGAACGCGCCAGGCGGAAAAGCUCGUGGGAAGAAGGAUAGUUGUUGCGAUUGACGGAUGGGCAAAGAAUGCAAGAUACCCGUCGGGACAUUACAUACGGACUUUGGGGGAUGUUGGCGAGCAGGCGACUGAGACAGAGGUGGUACUGCUUGAGCAUGACGUCCCUUUCGCUCCGUUCUCUCCGCAAGUAUUGAGCUUUUUGCCGCCAGAGGGGGAUUCAUGGAUUGUGCGGAAUGAGCACUUGGAAGGUCGCGAGGAUUUUAGGCAUCUCGACGUUUGCAGUAUCGAUCCACCUGGAUGCACAGACAUUGAUGACGCCCUUCAUUGUCGUUCAUUACCAAAUGGCAACUUCGAAGUAGGAGUGCACAUCGCCGAUGUGAGCCACUUUGUAAAACCCGAGAAUGCAAUGGAUCUGGAGGCGCGGCGGAGAGGUACAACUGUCUAUCUUGUCAAUAAGCGGAUCGAUAUGUUGCCGGGAUUGUUGGGAACAAAUUUAUGUUCCCUUCGGUCCAAUGUCGAUCGAUUGGCAUUCUCAUGUAUCUGGGAGAUGACACAAAAUGCCGAUGUUGUCAAUGUGCGGUACACUAAGAGUGUUAUCAGGUCAAAAGCAUCGUUAACUUAUGAUGAAGCACAAGCUCGUCUGGAUGAUGCAACAUUGACAGACCCUGUGACCAUGGGUAUCAAAGGAUUGAAUCGGCUCGCCAAGCAGCUUAGGGCACGACGAAUGGAAGCCGGGGCUCUGACAUUGGCGUCACCCGAGAUUCGAUUUAAGCUGGAGGAGGAUCAACAAGAUCCCGUUGACGUGGAGAUGAAGGAACUCAAGGAGACAAAUGCUCUAGUGGAAGAGUUCAUGUUGCUCGCCAAUAUUUGGGUUGCGACGAAAAUUUAUUCCGCAUUUCCGGAAUCCUCCAUGCUACGAAGGCAUCCUAAGCCGCCCACCUCGAAUUUUGAAGCUUUGAUCAAAGCAGUUGGUGAACUUGGCAUAACCCUUGACGUGCAGACGUCCAAGACAUUGGCUGAUUCUCUCGAUAAAGCGGUUGUACCACGCGAACCAUAUAUCAAUAAGCUCAUCCGAAUCAUGACCACACGAUGCAUGAUGCAAGCCGUUUACUUUUGCUCUGGGACGAUAUCCGAACCCGACUUUUGGCAUUACGGUCUUGCAACUAGGAUUUACACACACUUCACAUCGCCUAUUCGACGAUACUCUGAUUUGGUGGUGCACAGAUUGUUGGCGGUUGCCAUCGGGUAUGAGAAGAAUUACUCAUCCGAACUGAUAGAUAAAGUCAAGUUGAAGGAAUUAUGUGAUGUUCUCAAUUACCGCCAUCGCAUGGCUCAACAAGCUUCCCGAUCCUCCGUCGAGCUCUUCACAAACCUUUUCUUCAAGGACAAGGUCAUUAAAGAGGAAGGCUACGUUGUCCGCGUGAUGAAGAACGGGUUUUCUGUCCUCAUCCCGAAGUACGGUAUUGAAGGUUAUGUCUACUCAACGCGAGAAGAAUCUGCUGAUGGUGGAGCAUCAUCACCGUUCACAUAUGACCGUGACAGCAACCGUCUUGUGGCGAUGAAUGCGACCAUUAAGUUGUUUUCCAAAGUUGUGGUCGUUGUGAACGUUGAGGAGGCUGGUGGGGCGGCGAGAAGGAGCAAGUUGACGUUGCGGUUGGUGGAGCCUAAUAUUCCGGGUUUGAGUGUGAAUGAAAGUGAGAUUAAGAGUGGGAAGGAACUUUUGGAAAUGGAGAAGAAUGGGAUUGGACGGCCCAACAAGAAGAGUAAGACGGAGAGAGCAAGGUGAUGAUGAUUAUGUUCCGGUUUUUAUUGUACAGGUAGAUCCUCUUUCUCUCGUAGUAAAUAAAGCAGUGUCGCUCUGCAUCGAGAUCCAGCUUGGAAAGAAAGCACAUGUUACAAA